AUGGCAGAAGAUGCAUAUAUAGAAGCUUUUGUGAUGCCUUCGAAGAUUCCAAACAUCUCACAUCAAAGAGGUGGAAGUUCGGACGAAAGUUGCGGCUCAGCCCUCUCCUCCCCUGACCAGUCUCCGAAGUCUCGCAAGGAAGAGAAAUCGAAGAGGAUACCAACCAGCAGGAAAACAGGCUUCGCCACAAUUCGAACCGACUCGACAGAUUCUUUUCCUGCUUUCGAAAGCGAUGCGUUUGCAGUGCUCAUGCCAACGACUCGCUUGCCAAUACUCGAGUACACCAGAUUACCAAAGAAAGCAGUGUCAACAGCUGCGCAGGCCGAUGCUUUGAGGACCUAUCAAGAGAAGGCUCAACAGAGCCGAGAAAGGAACAACAGUCAAGGAGUUCAAGUCCCGUCGAGAAUCGUGUCUUAUGAUUACGCAUCUCGAAACAUUACUGAUCAGCGCGCGUCUACAGAAAGUGGCACCGGCAUUCCAACUGCAGCAGGAUCAUUUCCAAUUAGUCCACCUGUGCCUCAACAUAAGUGGACACUUCCUAAUAGCAAGCUCGAUACAAAGGGCCAAAAGCCACAUGCGACUGGCCUUCGUAGCGCCACUUCUCCUCCAAAGUCUGUCACGGUUGGCGCAAAUUCUGCCACAACGGCCUCACCCACCUCAUGCUACCGCGUCUACCGUCCUGAUUCGACGGCUGGCGCAUCACGUUCCCCCUCUUCGGCGUCAGCGCUUCCUCCAAGUAUCACAGUGCGAAUCAAGCCUAGAGCCAAGGUCACAACGCAAAAUGCCGAGCGUGUGCAAACAGAAAGCAGUCACAAGCUCUACAAUCGGCCUUUCGACACUGCCUCUUCGCAAAGCUCUUGUGACUCUGGCCCUGUCAAAUCCAUGCCAAACUUCACACGCCACAACUCUGUCGAAGGCGACUCAAUCUUCGGCUACAAGAGCAAGGACGUCAGUGGUGCCGUUGACGGAAGUCCUACUUCCUCUGGUGCCGAAAAGGGCAAAUCAACAAGUCCCACAUCGUCCGACAACGAGAAAAAGAAAGAAAGAGCCAAAGCCGUUCCGCAAAUCAAGAUGAAGAGUCCAGAAAAGACGCCCGAAAAGCCGGCAAAAGACACGACGCCCAAACGCACAUUGACACAGCGUUUUCCAUGGCUUCGACCUGCAGGUCCACGUCUCGCCAAACCAACAACAGCGCCAGUAGUCUUCAAUGCACCAGCGCCCAGGCCAAUGUCCAGUUAUGUUGAUCCCUUCGAACGUCUGGCAACGCCCACGCCUCACCCCAGUGCCCUACGAAGUCCAUCGACCGCCCCGCCCCGCCCCUGCACGCCAAAGAAGACGCUCACCAAACCAACUCCAACAAUCAACACCACCACGCGGCCUAUCACUCCCAAAUCUGCCGCUCCGCCAUCUCCGACAGGUAAAUUCGACAGUGGCUUCGCACAGAUCAAAUGCUUCACUCUGUUACUCGCCAAAUUUUGUCUCGUAGUGUAUGCUGUUGUGGCGUUGUGGUUCAUCAUGGAUGCGUUGAAGGAGGCUAUCAAUGUGAUUGGCGUACCGUUUCGGGCCAUCAAAUGUGUGGGAGUAUGGGUGUGGUUCUUGGUCUGGUUGUAUCUUAGGACUCAUCCUGCACGUCCCUCAGACCGACAAUACUAUUUGUGUCGACGCCAUAUUCAUGAGCCCGCCGGCAUAUCUUUGCCUCAAGAGCUGAAGCGUUUGAUCAACUUGCACAUUUGGACCUGUGGAAAAGAGCGCAAAUACCGUGACUUUACUAUAGGGUUUGCUUAA